CGACGGAACAAUCCUCCGUUCGGUGUCUGUCUGCUGGAUCGUGGAGUCUUCCCCACGGCAAGGCUCGGUCGUGCCAUGCAGUGUUCCCAUAGGCAUACUCCCACCGCGGGGAAGCGGAUGAGGGACACCGAGGGCGCGGCAACGACCGUAGGCUCCCUGCAUUUUUCCCUAGUCACCGCAAGUCGUAGAUCCCCAAUGGGUCGCCCUCCUUCCCGGUGGUUGCUGUUUGGGGGGAUUCUCCUCCUCUUGUCCCUAACUACAUCAUUCUGGGACAAUGACAUUCGAACAAAGGCACUCUCUGGGAAACACAGCGUUCGACAGACCGUGAACGUUACGCAACCGGAGGGUCGACCAGAAAGGACCGCCAUGGACGCGGCAAAAGAGGUUCCCAACGCAAGACGUGACCGCGUCGAGGUUGCUUGGAUCAUGUCCUUUGGUGGAUCGGGCACGUCGUACACAAUUGUAAAUGUGGAAACGGCGGGCAACGUGACAACUGCGUCCAAUUACGCCGAAGAUUUCGAAAAUCUCGUACCGGUGCACCCCGAAUGGAAGAAUGGACCGUUUGUGCGGGAUCCCUCCAAGCCUCUCCCAUCCCGUUACGUACUUACUAAGACCCACUGUGCCGCCUAUUGCAUGAACUGUCCCACGCACAAUUACGUUCUCGAUCUGGAUACGUUUGAUGCAGCGUGUCGUACCGCCAAGAUUCGCAACGACCGCGGAGAUACGGAAACGCUCACAUACAAUGCAAGCAUUCCGACCCGCGCGCUUCAUUUGUUUCGCAGUCCCUUUGACAAUCUGGUCGGUCGUUUUCACCUGUCGCAAGAGCUCCGUCAAAGCCGGGGGGAGACUACGGGAGUGGGAUACUCUAACUCUAGAGAUGGAUUGACGAGUUGGUGUCGGAAUUUGGAUGCCACCUUUCGAGAGGAUGAGCUCUCGUCCGGACUGCUCGAUCCAGACUUUCUUACACGCCACGGCCAGUUUCCGUGUCACGCGGAAUGGUUUCGCUUUGCGCAAUGGCACAAUCUGGCCUAUCAAGUAACUCAACGUCACAGUCUCCCUACACACUAUCUGUUUUACGAGAAUUAUACAAAAAACUAUGAAGGUACAGUCCAGUCUCUCUUUGAGUUUUUGGAGAUCGAGCCAGUACUAGACUUCCUUCCCUUCAAGUCAAGCAAAAGCUACGGGAGCUUUUUUGAUACCGAGUACGGACAGGCCGCGGCACGGUUGGUCCAAGAUCAAGCGUUACCUGCAGUCUGGUCGUUGGUGGAGCACUACUUCGCACCCUAUGUCGAUAGCGAACCUGAGGCUCAGACUCCAUCCGCGAACCGUGAGUUCGAUAAACGGACUCCGCAGGUGGCUUGGCUUUUGUCGUUUCCAAACUCGGGCACGACUUUUACGUUGAAAAACACUGGAUCGAUGAGUAAUAGAUCCGUAGCCUCGAACUACGGCCGGGAAUUUGAGCACGCUUUGCCAGUUCGACCCGACUUGAUACACGGGCCAUACGUAUCACUGCCGCUGGCGCACGAGCUACCACCCACGUCCAUUUUGACCAAGACACACUGUGGCGGGUUUUGCGAUAAUUGCGUGCCGGAAGGCUUUGUAUUCGACCUACCACGAUUCGCUCUCUGGUGCACACGGGGAUCCAAAAAGAUCGAAGGAACGAAAAAACAAACAUUUUACAACCUCACAGUUCCGACCAAAGCUGUACACCUAGUGCGAUCGCCAUUUGACAACUUGAUUGCCCGGGUCCAUUAUUCAACCAGAAAGCAUGGUAACGAAAGUCAAUGGAGCCCCGAGCAGCGUGCCUCUUUCUCCAACGACAGGGAAGGCUAUUUGGCUUGGUGUUCCCAUUUGGACGGACUCCAUGUCGAGGAGUUUCGCGAAAGCACCUUUUUUUCGGACGAGGUCAAGGCUGCGUUCCGAGAUGUUCCAUGCUUUGCCGAAUGGUUCCGUUACGUCCAAUGGCACAAUAAUGCUAUCAAGUUGACUCAAAUUAUGCAACUACCGGUCCACAUUGUGCGUUACGAGAAAUAUACCACUGAUUUUGAGACGACUGCCAACGAUCUUUUGGAUUUUUUGGAAUUGCCUGCCGUUGGUCCACCCGCAUCAUUUUUACCAGGGAAAACGUACGGCGACUUCUUUUCUCGGGAAGAAGCCCAGGCUGCCAAGCGUUUGGUCCAGCUCGUAGCGACAACGGACUGCUGGGAUCUUAUUUCCAACUAUUUUGAUCCAUGGGUGUAGCGGGGGCCGGCCGUGCACGGCCUGGAAUUAUUGGAUGCUCAAAUAUUGAUAGUGUAAAUAUAUAUAAAUACUAGAGAGAGAGUGUUG